AUGUUAUUGUUAAGUCGAAUGAAUACUUUAACAAUUACAAAACCAACACAACAACAAUAUGAAAAAUUAAAAUUAAAAUAUCCAAUUAGUUUAAAAUGUCUCUGUAAAGAAAUAUCAAUUCCAUAUAAACAGUUAAUUAACAUCCAAGUCGAAUAUUAUGAAAUUUGUUUAUCUGAUUUUACCAAACAAAAAUGGAUUGAUUAUCUUUUUAAUGAAAAACUUAAAUAUUAUCAUCCAUUUGAUUUUCGUCGCGUUGCACCAUUCAAAUUUCAAUUACUUCGAACACUAUGUCAACAGUCGAAACGAUUCAUUGAUGAUAAUCUUGAAGAAUUUUAUUCAAAUCAUUUGAUUUCAAAGGAACCUAUGUCAGUGGAUGAAUUUCAUAUUCAAGUGAAUUUUUUUAUUAAAUCAUUUCAACAAACAACACGUUAUCUAUUAGAGAACUUAGUCACACUAAUUGAAGACACAAUGUGCGUAAACUUUUUAUUAACAGCAGUCGAUACACACUUUAUUUACAAAACCAGGGUAGAAUUUGUGUAUAUGGGCUCUGAAAACAUUUGUUAUUAUAAUACCAAAGAGAAGAAAGUAAAACAUUCCAGCUGCACUUGUAGAAAUAAAGAACAUACAAAGCACCCUGAAGAUAUUUACGGUGCUAUAGAAUGGUUUGAAUAUCAUUCGUGUCGUGCACUUGAAGAUGGCUUAUAUGACUCAAAUAAAUAUCCCGGUGUUCAAAUACCUGGAAUGAUUGGAUGUUGUUUACCAAUCGAAUCAUUGAGAUAUUCAACAUUAGAAUGUUUUUAUGAGCAAUCCUGUUUGGAUAUUAUAGGCCUGUAUACCACUCAUCCGUCGAUUUCAACGAGCGAUUUCUCGAUAUUAAAGCACGAUUCAUCAGCAAAAUCUAUAACAAUCGAAGAAUUAAUCAAAAAAUCAUUUGUAAAACAAUGGUUUAAUAUCACAUCAUAUGAGAAAUAUUUUAGUUACUGUCAACCUUUGUCUUGUCAAUAUACAGCUGGACAAGGGAAAAGUCUUUUUUAUAUAUUUACAACAACUAUUAGUUUAUUUGGCGGAUUAAAAUUGAUUCUUCCAGUUAUUGUAUUAUAUGUUGUGGCACAUAUUCGAGAGGAAGAACAACAACAACGAUUGACAGACAAUACUGAUGCAAAUCAGCUUCAAUGCCCCUGUACACAAAUCUCACUUAAAUACUCGGAAUUUAUUCAAUUUCGUCCAACUUAUCAUCAGAUAUGUUCCAGUAUAUUUGUUUCACCAAAUUGGAAUCAAUGGGGUGCGAACUGGAAAAAACAGGGUCCUUGUGCUUCUUCUGAUUUUAUUAAUCAAGCACACAAUUAUUUUUAUCUUUUAUCAGCGUAUUGUCAAUUAUCACAAGACAUUGUAUUAAAGGAGUUAGAACAUUUUUAUGUAAUGCAAUAUACAACAUCUGGUGUUAUUCAAUUCAAACAAUUUGACAGUGAAGUUAAAUCAGUUAUUGAAAACUUCAAAGUAAAAACACAAAAAUCGCCGAAAACACAAUUAAAUAUUAUUCAAAGUGUUAUUUUUAAUAAUCAAUUUCUAUCUCAUUUAAGAAUUGGUAUGAGCCAUCGAAUUCAAUGUUGCAAUACUACUACUACAGUCAAACAUUUACCGAUGAAUUAUGACAAUUGUUCAUGUGCUACUGAUUCAACAUGUCAUAAAACGAAUUUUUUCUGUCGUGAAACCAUUUACACAUCUAUACCAAAUAUUUAUUCCGGUUGUUACUUCAUUGAUUCAUUGUUAUUAUCACAAACAUCAUGUUUUUAUGAUGAAAAAUGUUUAGAUAUAAUCAGGAGAUAUAUGGAUCCAAAUACUAUUCUUUAUGGACAAAUAUUUCCAUUAGAUAUUUCGAAAAAAACUCGAUAUAAAACUAAUGUAACUAUAGGGAUAUUACUUGAUAAUUUAUUUAUUGAAGAAUGGAAUGAUUUUUAUUCAUAUGAUAAAUAUUAUAGUACUUGUCAACCAUCAUUUUGUUCAUACGAAAUUCAAGAGCGACGAAAUUCGAUUUCUAUACUAACAGAAAUCAUUGGUAUAUAUUCAGGAUUAACGAUUAUCAUUAGGUUUCUAAUACCAAAUCUUGUUCGUUUGAUUCGAAGAAGAAAAAGACAUGUUCAAGUUACUGCAACAUUCGGUCGAUUAAAUUUUCUUUUUCAAUUAUGUAAAACUAAAUUACUUAAGUUGAAUUUAUUUCGAAAUCGAUCAACUGAUUAUCAUACAGUACGAAAACAAAUCAUAAGCACACGUUCAUAUUUAAUUACUUUCAUCCUUACUUUAUCUCUUUGUAUUUUAUACACAUCAUUAACUAACAAAUUCAUUACUGUUAAAUUUCAAUUAAAAGAUUUAAAACAAUAUGAACAAUUAUACAAUAAAUAUCCAAACACGUUAACUUGUUUAUGUAAUGAAAUAUCAAUAAAAUAUGAAGAAUUUAUUCAACUAACACCAAUUUAUCAUGAAAUUUGUUCGUCAGAUUUUAUUCAACAAAAAUGGAUUGAUUAUUUAUUAGUUGAAGAAAAUGUGAAUGAUCGUAACUUUCAGGCCACAGGAUCAUUUCAAUUUCAAGCUGUAAGAUCAUUAUGUCGAUUAAUAGAAGAAACAGUGGAUUUGAGCUUAACACAACUUUAUUCAACAAUGUUUGUCAGUAAUCAAUUGAUAUCGAGGGAUUCAUUUCAGAAUAGAAUCGAUAAUACUGUGGAUUUAUUUAUAAAAUCGACAGAACAAAGAUUCAAACACAUAUUUCAAAUUACUCGUGAGAUAUUUCAUGGAAGUGCAGUAUUAACAACUCAUCAAACAAAUUGGGAGUAUGAUGUUCUAUUAAAUAAAUUGAAUCAAUACGUAUUUUAUACAAAAGCAAUAACAUACAAUAACAUGUCAUGUACAUGUGCAACUUCCUUACAUUGUGUAGAAGCAGCAAAACUAAAUGGUAUAUCUAUUAAUGGUUUAUUCACUGGUUGUUAUCCAGUUGAAUCUAUGUUACUUUCUUCAUUUGAGUGUUUAUAUAAUAAAACAUGCGUAGAUUUUAUUUUAUCAAAUAUCGCACAAAAAUUGCCAAUGAUUGAAGUGAAAGUUUUACAGUUAAGAACUAAAUUUGGUAUAAAUGAAACUGUUCAACAUAUGGUUGAUCGAUUAUUUGUUAAUGAAUGGAAUCCAAAUUACUCGUAUCUGAAUUAUUCGAAAAAGUGUCGUUCAACAGAUUGUACUUAUUCAUUUAUACAGAAAUUUAAUGCAUUAUAUACAAUAAUAUCAAUUUUAAAUUUAUAUGGAUGUGUAACAAUUUUAUUAAGUUUUCUAAUUCCAUCUUUCAUUGAGAUUAUUUUUCGAAUAUAUAAUAGAAAAACACAAAUGACUAUUGUACCAGCGGUACCUGUGCAAAACUGA